GCAUGUACACCACUCGUAUAGGAUCAAUCGCGUAUGGCAUCGAGCAGAUGAUCUAAAGAAAUAUGGUGCGUAUCGGUUCGUCUCCGGAUUUUAUGAGAGCCAGACGACAUGGAAGAAAGUGUCGAACGGCGCAAUUCUAGUCCGGGGUCGGCCGCUUGGCCGGUUCGCUUCAGAUUGGAAGCUGCGGGAAGCUCUCAGUCCCAGCGUCAGCUCCGCAUUGAGGAGUUGGGCUGGGGGCAGAUGUUGCACGAGCCAUUCAACGAGCUUCGCGACAUCGUCCUGCACCUGGGGGUUACGCCCUGA